AUGUCUCCUCUAUCUGCACAGUACUUGCCCGUUGCACAAGGUGACCCCCACGAAUCCUCCAGGAAACCCUUAGCUCAGCUCAUGGACAUCGACGACAAUGGUGUCUGCGCGUGCCACUGUCACUCCUCAGCGGGGUUCCGACUCUGGCUCCUCCACGCCUUCCUGCUCUUCCUCAAUCUUACUGUUUUCGUCUCACUUCUCUUUUACUCCCACCUCCCAGAACGCACCAACUGGGAUGACCUUCUGGAUGCGCACUCUCCUGUGUACCCUGCCAUUGAGUAUAGCCUCGUCCGCUUCAACGGCACCAUCGGCUUCUGCUCCCCCUACGUUGGCGUUGGCCCCAAAGUUGAUGCCGCCUGGGCAGAGAUCACCGACAACACCGGCUCUCUCCCAAUCCACAUCCCUGACAAAUUCCUGUAUCGCCUCGGCCUCGAUGACAACCACUGGCCAUCCAACGUCUGA